UAUUUGUGGGUGGCUAAUCAACUGUGUUAAGUAUGGGGACAUAUGUCUGUGCCUGUAUUCUUUUGAAAAUUUCAAUAAAGAAUUUAAAGAAAAAAAAAAAAAGUAAAGGCGGUGCCGGAAAGGCUCGUGCCAAGGCCAAGAGUCGUUCUUCUCGCGCUGGGCUUCAGUUCCCCGUGGGGCGUGUCCACAGGCUGCUGCGUAAAGGUAACUAUGCCCAGCGCGUCGGUGCCGGAGCUCCGGUGUACCUGGCGGCCGUGCUGGAGUACCUGACCGCUGAGAUCCUGGAGCUGGCCGGAAACGCCGCCCGCGACAACAAGAAGACCCGCAUCAUCCCCCGUCACCUGCAGCUGGCUGUCCGCAACGACGAGGAGCUCAACAAACUGCUGGGUGGUGUUACUAUCGCCCAGGGUGGAGUUCUGCCCAACAUCCAGGCGGUGCUGCUGCCCAAGAAGAGCGAAAAGCCCCAGAAGGCAAAGUAAACUCUGACGAAAGUCUUUGAACACAACGGCUCUUUUAAGAGCCACCCACUGCAUGUUUAGAGGGGACUUCCUGUCUGUUCAGACUUUAU